GUCCCAUUGUUGAAGAUUAACGUGGCAAAAACUGAACAUUGCUAGAUCGCUUGACUGCUACAUAAUAUAACGUGAUUCACCAUGUCCAUGACGAACUUAACAAAAUGUACAUUUGGAGUAAAAUUCAAGGAUUUCGCUCUUAUUGCUUCUUGUAAUACAAGAGUGGAUAGCCUUGUCGUCUAUCAAGACGAGCUGACGGCGCGGUCUCUGGGCAGUCGCCUGGCGCUGGCCGUGCAGGGCGCGCAGGGAGUCGCCUCGCGCUUCCUCGACGUGGUGGCUGGUAACGCGACCCUCUACGAGAUGCGCCACCGCUUCCCCAUGUCGGCGGCUGUCGCGGCGCACUUCGUAAGGAAGACCUCCUCGGACGCCUUACGCACCGCGUCGUCGUUCAUGGUGUCGGCGGUGCUGGCGGGUUAUGAGCCGGGCGAAGGCCCCAAGCUGUACUACCUGAGCGAGCUGGCAACCCUGCAAGAGAUGCCCAGCAUGGUGAGCGGCCUGGCAGGCACGCUAACAUGGGCCCAGCUGGACAAGCACAGUGGCACAGGAGUGAGCGAGGCAGAUGGCUAUCUCAUCCUUAAGGGCUGCGUGGAGCAGGUGACGGAGCGCUACUUCAUCAACUUGUCCAGCUUCAGUGUUCUCGUCGUCGACAAGGAGGGUGUGAGGAAGCUGCCGAACAUCUGUGGCAAGAGCGGCAGCUCUGGUCGCGGUGACACUUCCUUGCCGCACUCCAAUACUCCUGACUGCACACCGUCUUAAUAACAAACACGUGGCCCAUUGUGCCUGUGUAUUGGGGUUUCUUCAACAUAUUUUCACUACUUCACAAUAAAUACUUAUUUUCGAUGCAAA